AUGUCCACGACCUGGUAUAUGGCCUCGACAAUCCUCACUGCCAUGGGGUCCAUUUGGCUCACUCUAUCUCUGAUCUUUGUCUGCUCGAUUGUCAGAUCCUACAAGAAUUUGAUCUUUCGGAAACAAAAAGGCACAUCUAGCCUAGAGAACAUACUACCUGAACUUGAAGCAAUGAGAGGGUAUCAUGAGACCGCUGAUCUGUUACAGCAUUUGGUUGAGUUUGACGGUGCAGGCAGCUGGCCUCCUCAAGCCUCUCACGGUAAAGCGUGGCCCGCAGCACUUCGCCCAUACCAUGACAUCUAUCUCAAGCUUGCAAAAUCAUUAUCCACGGCAGAUGUAUCACUUGACACGGAAAUCCACUCCAGUCGACGUUUUGAGUAUCGAGCACAGAUGCGAGAUCUAUUGCACGAGAAGAUUGAUUUGUCAGCUGUGGAGGAUAUCCUGUUGGCUGCUGAGGCAGGGGAUUGCUCUGUAUUCUCAGCAAAAGCAUACAAUGGCUUCUAUGCGUGCAUUGCAGUCUCACGCCAUGCUUUCAGAUGGGGCACGAUACCCGUGGUGAAGGUCGCACAGGAGGAAAAGUUAAUUGACUUUCCUCCUGAGCUUGACCUUCCCUGGAAUUUCAUCCAAAGACGGUACAACAUAAAGUCACAAGGAGGCAACGUCACGUCAAACUACCUCUGCAAUUUCAGCACAGAGGGGCAGAUUGUCUACGAGAUCAAUAGCGGCAUGACCGAGAGUAUCAGAUCAGCUGAGUACAACUUCGCACAUAUAUUCGUCGCUAUGGAACAACUGGCACUACCAAUAUACCAUAAUCUUAUAAAAUCUAUAACAUAUUACGAACAAGGUCAGAGAGAGGCAUGCGUUGGCUGUCUCAAGGUUAUCAGAACACAUCUACCACAUGCCUUGGAUACAUAUCGCAGCGCGCUAGUCGACUCUAAGAUACCUCAUAGCCUAUGGAUGCCUUACGUGCAAGGAUUUCAGGCGUGGGGUGCGGGAGAGAUCAUAGACGGCACUGAUGUCGAGUAUGAUGGUCUUUCAGGUAAUCAACAACCAUUGUUUCAUUUCAUCGACGCCUUCCUUGGAAUUGACCCUUACCUUACUGAGGAAUCACUUGAGCGAUACAUACAUGCUUCUCAAAGAAAUUUGAGCAUAGCCUUGAGAAAGCAUAGCUUCAGGCAGAGGGCAAUUCUGGCGGGACAUAAAGAGAUUGAGGCUGAGAUGGAGAAGAUCAAAAAUCACAUACGGAACUUCAGAGCAGCUCAUCGAGCCCGAAUACAUCCAUAUCUCAGCAUUUCUGCCCCCGAGAGAAUGAUAAUGACUGCGGGAAAAUCUGUCCUGGAAAGCAGUGCAGUCAACAAUCUUAAGGCAGCGCUCAGUUUUCUGGAAGCCUUCCUUGUGAAGAGACAAAAGGAGACAGUUUGA